CCAUUUUGGAUAAACUGACCCUGGACCUGCAGUCAGACCUAAAGGAAAAGCUACCGCUGUGUGUCAAACGGAAAUUGAAUUUAAAGAGUGCCUCAAUUUGCCCCGGAGCAGAACAUUUUACAGCACCAUGGAUCAGGUGGUAUGUCAGCUGAUCUGAACAGGAAGAGAUCCAGGUUCAGUGAGCGGUGGCAGUCAUAGCGUUAUUUCUCAAUAAGUAUUAUAGUUCUCACCCCAAGACACAUCAUACUAUUUGAGAAAAACGUAACUGCUACUCAAUAGCAAAUCUAUUCAUAAUGUUUGCCCCUGACGACGAGGAUGGAGAUUUUCUGUCACCUACUGGAGGGUGACGCAAAGCUGGCAUCACUUUUUGGACUGGACCAAGCAGCAAGUCAGGGGAAUGAAUCUUUUCAAUAUACAGCCCCUAAACAGCCCAGGAAGACCUCAAAUCCAGGUCCUCCUGCCCAGAAACCUGCGUUCCCUCCGGGUGCUCCUGCAGUACUAUUGGCUACAGCUAUCCAUGCUUUCAAAUAUCUUAACGGGCAGUAUCAGAAACAAGGAAAGCUGGGAGCUGCAGUCCUGGGUAACCAAACAACAAAAGAGUACAAACUCUUGCUUUACAUCAGUCAGCAGAAACAAGUGACUGCGGCCAAGAUUCAUGUGGGCUUCAUCUUUACGGUUCAGCCCAACAACUACUGCACUUUUUAUGAUGACCAGCGCCAGAACUGGUCCCUGAUGUUUGACACAGAGAAGGCUGCUGUAGACUUUUGUAAAGAGGUGUGUUUGGCAAAAGUGAACAGCGCCCCCUCUUUAGAUAUGGUGGUGGUGCAGGACCUGACACUAGGGGAGGGGCAGGGAGUUGAGACUGGAGACUCCUUGGAGGUGACAUACACAGGCUGGCUCCUACAGAACCAUGCCGUCGGACAGGUGUUUGACUCCAACCUGAACAAAGACAAGCUGCUCCGACUGAAACUUGGUGCUGGAAAAGUGAUUAAGGGCUGGGAGGAGGGCAUGGUGGGUAUGAGGAAGUCAGGCCGGCGUCUCAUGGUGAUCCCCCCCAGUCUGGGCUAUGGCUCCCAGGGAGUAGCCAACCGCAUCCCAGCAGACAGCACACUCAUCUUUGAGGCAGAGCUACGACGGGUGAAGUUGGCGAAAGACAGUGGGUCUGACCGUGCCAGUGCUGGGUCUCGGGACUCUGCUGCCUCUUCACCUGUCCCCUGUGUGGAGAAACUGGGUCCCUACCUGCCGGGAGGGACCACUCUGCUCCGUGCUACAAGCCCCGGGAGACCAGGGGAACCACCACUUCGGGCAAAGUCGAAUUCCAUCAGUGAACAGUUGACAAAUCCAGACGCCACCAAAGCCAAGCUGAUAUCUCGCAUGGCCAAGAUGGGUCAGCCCAUGUUGCCCUUCAUGGCAGGGCCCUCCUCCCAGCCAGACUCCAGCGACUCAGAAAUGGAGGACCCCAGAGUGAAGGAGCGUCCUGCUGCUCCUUCUCCUGUACAGAUCUCCACUGCCCUCCAAGCUCCAGUGCAAGUGCUUUCUCACCCUCACGGGGCAUCGCCCUCUGCCUUGAUGCCUGUUGCUAUGACAGCUGCUGCUCCGCAGCCUGUGAUGUCAGGCUCCGCCCAUGCCUUUCAGCCUUACGCCUACCCACAGUCCUCUAUGUCUCCCUCUCAACUUCAACCAAUGGGCCAGAUGUACCCCACCCAGGCAGUACCAUACAUGGGAGGCACUGGCGAGGUCACUUCCUUCCUUAUGGCUGAAGCUCGGCAGCAUAACUCUGAGAUCCGAUUAGCUGUUGGCAAAGUGGCAGAUAAAGUGGACCAGUUGGCUUCAAAGGUUGACGACCUUCAGAGGCAAGGAGGCCACUCAUUGGCUGUGCCCAGUGUCACUAUGGAAACCACCAUGAUUAUGCACAACAUCCAAAGAAUCAUUCAGGAAAAUGAAUCUUUAAAGAAGGAUGUGUACGAGAAGAGCUCACGUAUAGAGGAGCAGAACCGCAAGAUCGGGGAGCUCAUCAACCAGAACCAGAGGUACAUGGAGCAGAGUAACCUGCUGAUGGAGCAGAGGAAUGACUCCCUAAAGUCCUCAAGUGAACACAACCAGGCCAGGACGCUGCAGGCUGAGCAGGACAAGGUACGUCUGACAGAGGAGCUGGCCACGUGCACAUCACGGGUGUCCCAGCUGCAGCAGGAGGCCACAUCUCACCAGCAGAGGGCUGCAGAGCUGCAGAACAAACUGACCUCUGCCCUGCAGGAUGGCGACACACACUGCACACGCAUCUCCUCCUUAGAGACCCAAUUGGAAGAGCUGAAGGAGACUGCAGAGAGAGGCCAGGCUCAGUACCGCACAGAGAAGCAGAAACGCAAAGGGAUGGCUCUCCGGGUGAACAACAUGGAGGAGGAGCUGCAGGACCUGAAGGCUGACAAAGACUGUAUGGAACGAAUGGUGUCGGACAGGAAGAGGAAGUGGCAGGCAGAGAGGCAGCGGUGUGAUGAGGAGAUGGAGGAGCUGAGGAGGAGCAGCCAGCAGGACAUGGAAAGUCUGAGGACGCAGCUCCGCAAGGCCAGGACCAGCACUGGCCAGGCAGCCUCAGAACAGCUAGCCCAACUGCAAGCAGAGCUGGAGGAGGACUGGAAGAGGAAGUGUGAGCAGGCGUUGGCCUCGGCCAAGGAGCAGCAGGGGCGUGAGAUGGCCGAACUGGCAGAGCAAAGAGACAUACUGGAGCAGAGACUGACCCAGCUACAGGAAAAGUUUUCGGCUCUGAAGCAGUCCAGGGGCUCAGAGGAGCAGUGCUUGUUGCAGCAGCAGGGACAGGACGAAGAGCAGCAGGUCCUACAAGAAAAGUAUUCAGGCCUGGAGGAGCAGUGGUCAGCUGUGAGACAGAAGCUGGAGGGGCGAGUGGCUGAGCUGGAAAAGAGGCUGGCAGAGCAAGGGGGCCAAGUGGACAGUGCAGGACAGGACACUGCAGGGGAGGUGAAGCGUGUAAUGAAUGGAGUGUUUCACUCUCUGAGGGGGGAGUUUGACCGACACGAGACUUACACAGGCAGCACUGUGCUCGGCGUAAUCGUCAACACCAUAAAGAGUGUUACCUUGCAACUGCUCAAUGGUACCGAGAGACGUUCAUCCCAUCUGAGGGAAGAAGAAGAAGAAGAAGAAGAGGUGGACAGUGAUGUGAGGCAUAGAGAGAAGAGACCAGCUCAGGUUGCUCAUGUGAAUGGGAAGGAAGAAGCGGAGGAGCAGAGGACCGAGCAUGAGCAGCUUAGUGAGUCCUCUGUGCAGACGGGGGGAGACCCCAGAGAUGUGCAGGAGAGGGCUCACCUUGAGGCAGUACUAGAGACAAAGAAACUGACUCGAGUGGAGCCAGAGGCAGACAUGGACACGGAUCCAGAGCACCAACCACUCUCAACCCAGCCACAACCACCAUCUUCCCAACCACAGGGAGAGAUCACCACAGAGCCUUCUGAACCCACUGGCAUAAACCUUGAGGAGAAUCUGCCCUCUGAGAUAGGACAGAAAACUCAGUCCGAAGGUGGCAUAAGUAGCCCGGAGGUGAAGAAAGUGAGUGGGACUAUUGAGGGUCCCCUGGGUGAACUGAAAAGAACUAGCUCCAAAGCCACAGGUCCUCAAACCCAGCUUCCACCUCCACCAAGCCCCCUGUAUGAUAGUCCUGGGAAAGUAACAAGUCUGACUGAGGGAGUAGGAGAGGAAAAUGGGAAGGAGACAUUUUUCCUGAGCACAGCCCCAACCAAACCCCCACCCACGGAGGAGGAGGAUGAUGAUGAGCUGAGCUUGAAGGGGCAACCUCCCCCAGCCCCUCUGUUUGGCGACGAAGAGGAUGAAGAUGAUGAUCUUGACUGGCUGGGAUGAGCAACAACUGAAGUGAUAAGUCUUAUGAGUCUUAAAGUCCAGAUGGAGGGACAGGCCCUCUAGAGAUAUCAUUUCCACUGUCCUAAGAGGGACUAAAUGAAGGGACGUGGUGAACUCCGUCUCUGUACAUGGAAGGGACGUGGUGAACUCCGUCUCUGUCUCAGAUAAGGCAACUCAAGUGAGUGAGAAGGAUGUGCCGUCUGACUGCUCUGAACACUGUGGUUAGAGACCUGUGCUGUUGAUCUUUUGGUCGGACCUGACUGCUGCUGCCUGGAAACCACCUUUAAUCAAUGAAGUAAUGAUUAAAGGUGGUUUCCACCAGACCCCCCCCCUAGAAAUCAAUCGAUCUGUUAGUCCUGUAAUUUGUUGACCUCAUUAGGCCUUAAAUUAACAUAAUGUUGGUCUCUAACUGAUGAUUUAGCUUGGUUUGUCUGUAUGUUUUGUUUUCAAGGGUUUCAAGGUGGUCAUGUAUUAUGUGCUAAAUUAUAAGAGGGCUUGCUUCUUCAAGAACUUCUAACUUUUACACAUUUUUGCUAACCGAUAUUCAUUCCAGAAAAUAAAAUGCAUAGAGUACGUGGA